CUUUCAGUCAAGCAGCAUCAACAACGUACUAACGCUGACGCUCUUGAGGAUAUCUGACGUGGGUCACGCUGUUCAAAAUGGCUGUGCCAAUCACUACCGUUGCGGAGAGCAAGGAGCUCCGAGGGCUCAACCUCAUUGCGGCACAUUCUCACAUUCGCGGCCUUGGCGUCGAACCAGAUACACUUGAACCGAAACCCGCUUCGCAAGGACUAGUUGGCCAGGAGAAAGCGCGAAAGGCUGCGGCGGUGAUCCUUCAGAUGGCGAAGGAGGGCAAGAUCGCAGGUCGUGCAGUCCUGAUUGCUGGCCCACCAAGCACAGGCAAGACCGCCAUUGCUAUGGGUAUGGCACAAUCGCUAGGCUCAGACGUUCCUUUCACAAUGCUCUCGUCAUCCGAGAUAUUCUCACUCGAGUUGUCCAAGACGGAGGCCCUCACACAAGCGUUUCGCAAGUCCAUCGGCGUGCGGAUUACGGAGGAAAGCGAAGUAAUAGAAGGCGAGGUGGUGGAAAUUCAGAUAGAUCGCAGUGUGACGGGGAGCAACAAACAAGGCAAACUUACCAUAAAGACCACCGACAUGGAGACGAUCUACGACAUGGGUACCAAGAUGAUCGACUCGAUGACGAAGGAGAAGGUGUUAGCUGGCGAUAUUAUCUCUAUCGACAAAGCUUCAGGGAAGAUUACCAAGCUCGGACGAUCAUUUACGAGGGCGAGGGAUUACGAUGCGAUGGGCAUAGAUACGAAAUUCGUGCAAUGUCCCGAAGGAGAGCUACAACAGCGGCGCGAGGUUGUCCAUACCGUCAGUUUACACGAAAUCGACGUAAUCAACUCCCGUACGCAAGGCUUCCUGGCACUCUUCUCCGGCGACACAGGAGAAAUCCGAAGCGAGGUACGGGACCAGAUCAACACGAAAGUGGCUGAAUGGAAGGAGGAAGGGAAGGCGGAGGUCGUGCCUGGAGUUCUCUUCAUUGACGAGGUGCACAUGCUCGACAUGGAGUGUUUCUCUUUCAUCAAUCGCGCUCUGGAGGACGAACUCGCACCCAUUGUUAUCAUGGCAAGCAAUCGAGGCAAUACGCAGAUACGAGGAACGAACUACCGGUCACCGCACGGUCUGCCACUGGACUUCCUCGACCGGGUCGUCAUUGUUAGCACGCACCCCUAUUCGGAGGAGGAGAUGCAGCAGAUUCUCUCGAUAAGGGCACAAGAAGAGGAAGUGGACAUGUCUCCCGAUGCGCUAGCUCUUCUGACUCGAAUCGGGCGGGAAACGGGUCUGCGAUAUGCUAGUAAUCUGAUCACCACAUCUGAUCUGCUACGAGCGCAAAGAAACGGACCCAACGUGAGCGUCGAAGACAUACAACGCAGCUUUGCGCUUUUCUUCGAUCCCACGAGAAGCGUAAAGUUCGUGACAGAGUCCGAGAAGAGACUCAUUGGCGACGCAGGGGAGGUUUCGUUUGCUGUUAAUGGCACUGAGGCAAUGGAUGUAUCGGCGUAGGGCUCUGGAUGUCGUAUCCUCCGAUAGAAUUGGUGAUAUCCCGCAUUGUAAGGGUAGAAGUGCUUUGAGGGGUGGCGUUGGGUGUACUUGGAUCUACUUAGCGGUGGAGCGACUUUUGGAGACUCUUCGGUUCCGCGGUCUAAAAGUUGCAGUCGCAAGAUUAAAACAUGCAAAUCGUUUUGGAGGAACGGCCGUAAUAGUAUUUGACAACUAUUAAGUUUACC